UCUCAUAUUUAUAUUAAAUUUUUUAAUUUUCUUGAAAUGGCGAAAGAUUUUUAAUUCAAGCGUGAAGGUUGUGAAUUUAAUUGUCAUCGUGGAAUUUAAUUCAUAGAUAACUUUAAAAUAUCCCUCUCAAAGUUUCUCAUUGAAGACUUUAAAUUAGAUAAUGUGUAUCAGUGUCCUGUCGAUAACACAAUCAUGUUCCUGAGCUUAAAGAUAAAAAACCAAGGUUUCUGUACCUUCGUUUAACAAUAUUAUCCUCGAUAAUUCAUAUCUCGAAACAUCUUUGGCUACGCAAGACGACCAACCUUCUUUGAUACUUCUACAACGAUGUCCUCUACAUGUAUUUCCUUUUCUCUCGUCCAGGACAUCGCCGAAACUUUGAUUGUACGGAAAAGAGCGUUCGUUUUCGUUGUUCGGUUUGAUUAAUAAGGAACGCGAUAAUUCGUUGGAACUCGCGACGGAUGACAAAAACGACAGAACUUUUAACCUACACAAAAGAGGCAACGUCGCCAUGUUUCACGUUUGAUCGUUCGAUAAUUUAUUUUGUUUGCAAAGGAAAAUCGUGCUCCAGUUUUUAAUACAUUUUUCUUUGGAAGAAACGCGUGGCCAUCGAAUCGGGAACGUGGCUUUUCAAUCCCAAUGCGCCGACUCUUUUGUCACGUAAACUCGUUCUCCUUUGUUCGUAUAAACAUAUUUUCACGUACAUAUGGAUAUUUCAAGUAUCCCAGACAUCCUGGAUGAACUUUAGGAUUAUCGAGGACACAAUAAACCUGUAUAAGAUACGUUUAGAUCGGUUUUUCUGGAAAAGUGUUAUUGUAUAAUUUUUCACACCUGUUCUCCGCGUUGUUUUCAUUUUCCAUAAUACACGAAAACAACUCGUUUCCUCUACGUUAUCUCUGUUCCAUAACGAGGAUCGCAUUUCCGGUACACGAUCGUAGCUUCUGUGACGCUUGCAAAUCGCACCGUAUUUAUAGCAGUCCUUCCGCUCUUCCGCUUAUAUUCGCGGUGAACGUUUUGAUCUCCGUCUAGUGGAAAUUCGUGGUGCAAUUCGAAAAAAUCAACGCGCGAUUCGUACAGAGACGGUAGCUGUUACUUUCAUUUUUGGUGCAGUUGCAGCCCUGUUGUUUGAUCAAGUUUCCUGUUUAACCACGAGAGCGCGCCAUCGGCAACUCAAUAAAAUCCAAAGAGCGCCGGACGGGCGGUGUUCCGCGAAGCGUGAUGAGUUUGACAGCUCCCGCGUACUGAACGUUAUUCAAAAGUAAAAAAUCGAUCAAGAGAUGAGGCCGAAAAAAAAUCCUUAACACGUUUUCCGUAUGCAUCCACGCGAGACCGUCUAAUAUGGGAGAAUGGUUGGUCAUAGAAUCAUUACGCUGAUAUUUUUUCUGGCAGCAUGGCACGAAGCAGUAACUUUAGUGCCAGUACGCUCGGUGGCUGUAGACCUUGGGCAAAAUUUGACUCUGGCAUGUGCAGAAGAAGAUGCACUGCCACAGUCAGGAGAGUCUGUUGGAAUGAUGUGGAUAAGGGAGGGACGCGAAGAUGGACAAAUUGAACGUCUAAAGGUUGAGCCUAAUGGAGCAUUGGAACUUAUUAAUGUCAGUGCAGAUGAUGCUGGAAACUAUUCAUGCACCUUAGAUGAUGAUCAUGAUGCUGUUAAAACUAGAGUCAAUGUACAAGUUAAAACUCCUCCUCCAGCUUUGCACAAUGUAUGGGUAAAACCAUCAACAAUAUUGGCAAAUAUUCUUUGGGAAGUAGCUGGCACAGGUGGUUAUCCUAUCAUAGAUUUCACUGCCGAAUAUCGUCUUAAACCAAGUGUGGGUGAAGAACCAGAAGACUGGAAGCCUAUUGUUCCAACGCACAUUCCACCAAAUUCUAGGCAAAUUGAUGUAUAUCACUUGGUGCCAAACACGACCUAUUCUUUCCGAGUUUGGGCAACAAAUCAGCUAGGGAGAGGUGACAUUGUUGAGGUUGAAGGUCAUACACAUCACAGUAUCGAAGAACUAGAACUUGCAAGACAUCUCUUAGCAGGUGUAGAAAACUUUGACACUCGUGUCUGGGUGGCAGCAGUAGGGAUAGUUAUGGGUACACUUAUGAUUCUUGGUAUAGGUACUUGUUACCUCCUCUAUCGUGAGUGCAAAGUACCCUCGCAGCUGGAGGAGCAGGAAGUGAUUGAACUUGUACCCAAUAUCAUUCUGAAUCCAGGAUUUUUUGAUGAAAGAAUCGAACAUAUUCCGCAAGAUGAAAAUUUCAACAACCAGACUACCACACGUUUGAACAAUAACAGCGUUGUGCAACCUAUGCGACUUUAGCGAUUAAAUACUUAGAUUUCUGUGGCUAAUUUUUAUUAACAAGUGGCUUGAGCACAAUUUAUGUGUCACCUUAAACGUAAGUAACUGGAAUUACAAGAGGCCUCGAAUCUACCAAAGUAUCGCAGAAUUUAGAGAUCGGGUAAGCGGUGAGGUUGACGAUAAUCACCGCUAAAACUGAGAUUUGUUUUUGUUUAUAGUCAGAAAAAUUGAGAAAUGCAUCAUACAUUUUGAGUGUUCGAAUGAAGUAAAACUUUUCACUUACAAUGUAAAGUGUUCAAAGCAUAUGUAAGACUCUGUUAGGUUUUGUGAAAAAAACGGAGUAGAACAUUUUUGAAGAUGUUUACAAGGAAGUUCUAACAUUGAAAAUCCGAUAUUAUUGCUCAUUAAUCGAGCUUAAAGGUGAAGAACUCCUGUAAGCUAAAGAAAUAUUCUUAGUAAGACUGUAAUUCUAAGAACAAACAAAACGAAAUUUCCGUGAAAUUAAAGUUCGUACGGUGUUAAUAUAAGUGGCAUACUUUGCUCUUACAUUCUGCAUGAACAUGACAAUGUUUUUACAAUUAUUUUUAAUCAUUAUUACUGCAUACAAGUGAAAUCUUAAGGGACGACAAUAUCAUGCAGAAAGUAAGAUUAUCGCAAAUUCACAUAAUCGGAUUAAACAGAUUUUGUCAGACGCGAGGUAUGAUAAAGGCUUGCUUACUGCCGUUUUAAGGUGUGCAGAAGUCGUUGGUACGAAAGUUCCUUUUUUUUUUGCGUCUUUACAAAGAUUUUUUUUUUAUUAUUUAUUGUUAUAAGAAUUUAUUUGUUUUUGUUUUUAGAGAAUAUGUUGGUAAUGUUUUUCUUCCAAAGAAUUUAAGAUUAGUGAACAAUGCACGAUAUACUCUUUCUGGAGAAAAAUCCUGUGAAUCAGAGAGUGUACAGUGUAAAAACCAUGGUACUCUAAUUGAAAAGUAAUUCUACUAUGUUAGCAUUAUUUAUAAUAAUAUUAUAUUCUUCGUACUUUUAACUUUGCAUGCAAUCAUUCAAUUAAUAUGUAAUGCUUCAACAUGCUUUUGCACCACCUUAAUAACAAAUGCAAUAUUUACCGCUACAGAAUUAUUAUAAAAAAUACUAUAAAAUCAAAUUUUAUCAAAAAGAAAAUUUUAACAAGCGCGAGAUAGCACAAUUUUUUUAACAAUAAGUUUCAGUGUGUGAACUUUUUAAAAAAGUAAACAAAAAAAAAAAAGAAUCCAUUAAUAAUCUUCGUGAUAUUCAGCGAAUAAGAAUUAUUCCUGGGCAUCAUACACUUCAGUUCAAUUCAUUGCAUUCAGAUUAGCAGUAAAUGUAGGAUAAAGUAGAAUAAGUUAAAAUAUUUUGGAUAUCAUCUUUGAUAGAAUCAAGUUUGAUAAUGAAUUGUUGAAACAAAUCUUUUCCCAGAUAUUCAUUUUCUAUGAUAAUGAAUAUUAUCAUCUCAUUGAAAUUGCAUAAAAUGAAAUUCAACUUAGUCAAUCAAUAAGGUUGAUGAUUUUGAUAAAAGCUCUUCCUGUACAAAUACAUAAUUAUUUUCCACAAUUUACAAGUAGUAUCAUAUCAGAAUUUGUCAUUGUGAAAAAUAUCUUAUUAUAGUAGCGAGUGCUUAGUGUUGAGGCUUUUCUUCAUUAAAAAUACGGUAUUAUUUUUAUUCUUUACCUAAAGCUCUCAGGAAAGAUCAAACGAUAUGUUCUUUUGUUGUUAUUCAGAUUUUUUUCUUUUUUUGUUUUAAAUUAAUCUCUAUUAAAGCUCUCCAAGUGACAAAUAUAGAACUGGUUGUGGAAAUUGAUUCUCGUAUUAGUCUUUCAUCUGUUAUUAGUGAAGUUCAUAUUGUGAGAAACAUAAUACCUUAAUGACUCUACUUAAAACAAUUGUAUAAGUUAAUAUCUUGCUUUUGUCAAUAUAAAGAAAGUGACAAAAAGCAAUUUGGUGCACGCAGGUUGUAUAAAUAUUGGUUGUGCGUUGUUACAUUGAAGCUUUAUGAUCUGUUCCUCCCUUUAGCAUGAUAAAUUAUAGGGGUGAACAGACUCAGUUCGGCUUCGUACUAUGCACUCUGUGUUGUGAAUGGUAUAUAUACGCGCUAAUGAAAAAUAAUAAUACGAUAAUAACAAUAAUGAUAACGAUAUAAAUAUAUAUAUAUAUAUUUAUAUAGCCGAGGCAUCGUAAUAUUUUAGCUAUAAGCAAAGACAAUUUUUUAUAUAAAUAAUAAUAUUGCUGAAAUGCAGUGAUGAAUAUUUAUCUACAUAUUCAUAUAGAUAAUUUUGUGCUAUGAUAUCGAGCUUCAAGAGUGAUCUAGUAGAUUUGCCCAUUAAGAAUCUUUGAUGUAGAAUAUCAUAUUUCUUCUUUCUUUCAGAAGAGUCGUGUAGUACAUUCUUUCAUUCAGAGACUGUAUAAAGACAUCAUUUUGAUAAAUUUUAACAAUGCAAAAUUUUUAAAUAUUAAUAAUACAUAGAACAAUUGUAUUCAUUUUCUAUACAAAAAGAAUCUUAAGUUUAAAAAAUUCAGCAAUAAUCUAUUCAAUACUUCAAGACACGACCCUUCAUAUCUCAUGCACAUUCAAAUAAAAUAUGAUCACUUGUUUCUGCUGACUUACAUAACAAUAGAUAUAUUGUAAUUUAAAUGUUUAACUGUCUCUAUCAAAGCUAUCUGGUGAAGGCAUAGGUUUUACAUUUAGUGGCAUUAACAACAUGGUGAAACCUGAUAAGAAAAAAAAAAGUAUAAAUGUUACUUGGAAUAUAAAAUGAGAAAUUAUUCUUAUAAUUGCUGGCUGCUAUGAGAGCUAACAAUGAAGCUAAGUCAUCUGAGUUUAGAAUUCUGCCAUUGCAUAUUAUAGAAGAUCUGCAUAUCUACCUAUGCAACAUAGGAUGUUUAUAAAAUCACCUUCAUUAUAUUAGGAAUACAAUCAAUAAAAUAAUAUCAUUAAAGCCAAGAAUAAAUGAUAAGAUAAUAAUUAUAAUUUUCUUUUUGAAGGAUAAAUAGUAUUUUUUUAACAUUAUGAAUAAUAUGUUCUUCUUAAUUAGGUACUUCAGAUUGAUAUUAAAAUCAAAAAUACGUUGCUAAGUUUAAUUUUAUCUAACAAAUUUUUUACCUUUGUAUACCAAGAAAUGAAUCAGAUUGUAUACCAGUGUUAAAUAGAUAUAUUUUUAUGAGGUAGAUUACAAUAACAUAAACCUAGUAAUUAUGGCAGAUAUUUUGUUUAUAUUCCACAUUAUAUAAAUUCAACAAAAUUAAUAACUUUUUCAAGUAGUUUCGUUUCCCAUUUAUGAUCAUGCAUUUUUGGAUAACAAACGCUAUUAAGCACCACAUGUGCAUAGCAUUUAUCAUUAUACCUCUGUAGUCAAAUGUAUUUCAUUAAUAUAUUUACUUCACAUAGCACAUGUGAAACAUAAAUUAAGUAAAGCACAGUACCAUAGAAUAGUAUAAUGGUUGCUGGUGGCACCAUGAAUCGUCCCUAACAUACAUAUUGCUUGCCGAUGACAUACCAGAAUAAAAAGAAGUUUAAUGUGGUUUUUACAAAAAGCUUCAAGUUAGUUGUGCUUUUUUCCAAAAAGCCUCUUUUUCAAUUUCUCCUCUGAGACUUUGCAUAAAUAUCUGUAUUUACAAGUGAGAACAAUUGUAAAUACUAAAUAUUUCUUUACUUUUUGUAAAAACUACACAUCUGUCAUGUCAUUACCUAUUAGAUUAAUAACAUUAGUUUAACAACCUUACAUUAAGUAAUGGUAAAGGAGAUUUAUAAUGGUAAUUCCAGAAAUAAUGUUAUAGAGAAUAAGUAUUAAUCUUUACAUUAGUUUUUGUAUUAAGUUAUACUGUGUUGUGUUACACAUAUAGUAACCAAAGUAUUUUUGGUGAUUUCUUUACAUAAAUUAUUUGUUUUAUAAAAAUGAAAAAACAAAAACAUACAUAGCAAGCAACAUUUGUAUAUAAUGUACGCAUUGUCGUUUUAUUUCCGUAUUUUGUAUAAACUGUUGUAUAUGCACGCUUGAUUAAUUUACUUUAUUUAUGUCAUAUACAUUUAUAUAUAUAUAUAUUUGUCACAUUAUUAUUAUUAUUAUUAUUAUUGUUUAAAAACUGAUAAUACUCCAUGUCCAUAUAGUGUUGAGCACUAUUUUAAAAUCAGUGUUAUCUUAAUUUUAAACUUGGAGUAUGGACUCAUUCCAUUGCUAUUACACAUGGUUGUAAUAUUUAGAAAAAUGUUUUCCUAAUACUAACAUGUUCAUAGUUUAUUUUAUAAGCUAUGAACAAUGCACAUUCCAUCACGUACAAAUCCUGUAUUAAAAAAGAAAAACUAUAAAAAUGUAAUAUGCUUGAUUUAAAAGUUGUUUAAGUAUUUUUGUGGAAAAAAAAAAAUAAAGAAAGUCAAGGUUGUGCUUGAA